GUCCCGCGGACCCCAAAACAGCCGCCGGACGUCUCCCGUGGCGCGCUGCGCUCUCCCUUUGUUUUUGGAGGAUGUUCGUGGCGGUGGAAAGUCGGCAGCUGUCCGAGAACGAGCGCCGGAUUUUGGCCAUGCAGGCCCUGUGCAGGAGCUCCGAGCCGGUGGCCUCCUUCCUCCCGGUGGUGGUGGAAUCAUCCCCGCCGCCGCCGCCGCCGCCCGCCGCCCGGUCGGCCUCUCUUGCUGCUGCCUCCUCCUCCUCUUCCUCCGCGCGCAGGCCAGCCGCCCGCUGGACCGCCAAGCCGCGCACAGGCCCGCAGAUUCAGAACGUGACGUCUUCGGUGAAGCUGGGCUGCGAUCUGGAUCUGGAGUUCAUCGCUCGGAACUCGUGGAACGUGCAGCACCUGUCGACGGUCUUCAAGUCGCUCGUCAUGAAGAUCCGCAAGCCCCAGACCACGGCCAGGAUCUUCCAGUCGGGAAUCCUUUUCUGCACAGGAGCCAAGAGCGAGGACGAGUCUCGGGUGGCCGCCAGGAAGUUUGCCUUCAAAAUCCUCAAGCUGGGCUACCCGGUCCACUUCCUGGACUUCAAGGUGCUCAACAUCGGCGGCACUUGCAAGACGUUCCCCAUCAACCUGGAGGAUCUGUUCUUGGCGCACCAGGACCACUGCAGUUACGAACCAGAGUUGUUUCCUGCCCUCCAGUAUAACUUCCGCCCCGGCAUGACGGCGUCCAUCUUUUCCUCAGGUUCCGUCUCGCUGGUCGGCGCUAAAACGGAGGAGGAAUUCUACAGAGCGUUUCACAGCCUGGACGCCAUCUUGAUCGGCUUCGGGAGGACUUGAAGCCCGCCGGGCCUCCCGCUCGUCACGGUGACCUUCUUCUCGGGUGUUAGCAUGUAGCAUUAGCCACGUGACCAUCUCGUACACCUCCGUUCAAAAAAAUGCACACAUAUAUUUACAUACUUAUCACGAUACCGAUAAUGGCUUGAAUAGAAUAGCCAAUUAUUAAGCUGUCGUCCUGUCAACAGUCAAACUGGAGAAAACUUUGAUUAAAUGAAGAGUUGUUUUGAUUCGAAUUAUGAAUAUAAUAUAUUAUAUCUUGAACGAUCGAUCAUCAACAAGUACAAGUUGCAUUGUGAGUGUUGAUGUGUACGUGCUGUCUUCAUGUAAAGAUAGAAUAAUAAAAAGUCCUAAGAAGAAAAAGUGUCUCUUGUGUUAGCGCCACUAGAUGUCAGGAGAGUGUAGCAAUGAAAAUUGUCACGAUUGAAACGCUCAACACCACUUGGUCCUGAAUACAUUGCCACAAGUCAAGGACAUCAAACCACACUAUACUCCACAAUGUGAACCUUGCA